ACAGGUGGUGCUCAGGGCUAUCCCCAACACGGCUACAUGGCUUUGUGCGCACACCGCCUAGCCGACGUCGUGCAUAAUAGCAUUCCCUGCGACCUGUCGCACUCCUGUCUCCUCCUGUCUACACCGCGCCGACGGCGCAGCUAUCCCUCCCGACGGUGGCGGCAACACGCCUCGAGUCUCGCACUCAGGCCCGCCGCCGGCUUCCCAGACGCCAAGGCCCAAGCGUCCACUCCCCCGGCGCAGUGAUCGAGCGGCGAGCCCGGCGGCGUCCUCCGGUGAUUUUUCGCACACGCCCUCCUCGUAACACGCAGCCUCGCGCGUUCCAGUCAGUCGAGUUCCUCUACUACAUCGCCACCCCCUACGCCCACUGUCCAGCACACAGCCAGAUGCCAUCUUCCACAUCCAAACACGCCCCCGUCAUCGUGAUCACCGGAACCCCCGGUACGGGCAAGACCACGCAUGCCCAGCUCCUCGUCGAGGAAUCGCCGGUCCCUCUAAAACAUAUCAACGUCGGCGAGUGGGUCAAGGAGCAGGAGCUGUACGAGGAGUACGACGAGGACUGGCAAAGCUACACAGUCGACGAGGACAAGCUCCUAGAUGCAUUAGAGCCCAUAGCAUCAGCAGGCGGUGUGAUACUUGAUUGGCACACCAGUGAUAUAUUCCCGGAGCGAUGGGUCGAUCUGGUAGUCGUGCUUCGCUGUGAUCACACUCAGUUGUGGGAGCGUCUGGAAAAGCGGGGGUAUCCUUCCAAAAAGAUUCAAGAGAACAAUGAAGCCGAAAUCAUGGAGGUCGUUCUGGAUGAAGCACGGUCGUCAUAUGCACCAGAGAUCGUAGUCGACCUCAAAAGCGAAAGCACCGAGGACCUAGAGUCUAACGUAGCUCGGAUAGUGCAAUGGAUUGAAGCAUGGAGGAAAGAUCAUCGCACAGCAGAACAAUGAGAAUAACAUUCGCGAAAGCACGAGAGCGACCUGAAGUGGUCAGU